GAGGGUAGACUAUCAGCUGUCUGAAAGGGAGAUAUAAUAUUUCAUAGUUAAUUAUAUCUGAGCAUAUGGUGACUUGUUGCAGAUUCGGAAACAUAAUGGAAGAAGAAAGUAUAUGUAAAGAGAUUUCCAAUGUGCUUCAACUAAAUGUGGGAGGCUGUAUUUUCACCGCCAGACGGGAAUCUCUCUGUCGCUUCAAGGAUUCAAUGCUGGCUUCAAUGUUUAGUGGUCGAUUUCCUCUAAAACUUGAUGAGUCUGGUGCUUGCCUUAUUGAUCGAGAUGGGAAGCUCUUUAAAUACCUUCUAGAUUACCUUCACGGGGAAGUAAGGAUUCCAAAAGAUGAGCAAACGCGAAUUGCACUGCACGAAGAGGCUGAUUACUUUGGAAUUCCAUACCCUUACAAUUUGACUGAUCACUUGGCAAACGAGAUGGAGACAUAUUCUUUAAAUACAAAAAUAGAACUUAAAAAGGUUUUAAUUGAUUUCUGUGAUACCUAUGGCUUCAUAUGUACAAAACCUUCAGUGUGGGUGUUAAAUUACUUACAUACAAGUGGCUCCAGCUGUCAGAGUAAAGUGAUUGGAGUUUACGCAACCAAGAAGGAUGCACAAAUGGCGACUGAGACACAAUUAGGAGAACGAAUUAAUCAUAAAAAUAUGUACAAAAGGGAAGCUGGUGGUAACAUACAAUAUAUUCUGAGCUACUAUAGUGUGUCUGAGCUGAAAAACAUGAUGGAUGCUUUUGAGACGUGGAAGGGAAGAGGUUUCAGUUACUGGCGCGUUCCUCAGGAACUAAUCGAAUGUUGGACCCUUGAAGAACGUCCUAUAGAAGGAAGUGAGCAGAAUAUGUCUCCAGUAAACAGAAGGAGAUUAAUAGACUACACACAAGAGAAUGAGGACCAGACUGCAACAUCCAAGACUGGUCCAAAACCUAUUCGAUUUUCAGGCCCAUCUACAAAUACUAAUAUUAGAAUCAAGAGCUCUGUGUCAUUGAAACCUUGUGCCCAAAGAACCAAUUCAGAGGUUUCAAAUGAUGUUAGGCUAAAAAGACCAGUAAUUGACGGGACACAGCAGAAAAGGACUGACCUGAAAAUUCAACGGAUUAGUAUUGACCCUGUGUCAUCAAAUAAAAAUGAAAGCCAACGCAAUACUCUGUCAAUUGUUGACAAAGGAACCAAACUUAAAGGCAAUGUCUCUUCUCCAGAACAGACCAAAUCAAGGCGCAUAAUACGACUUAAGAGGCCAUCUCUUAGCUCAACAUCUGUGUCAGAAAAUGAAUCCACAAUAUUGGAGGAAUUACAGGUAUCAACAUCACCACCAGUAACUGAUUCGUCCUGAAAAGAGAAAGUUUUGUAUUUUCUACAGUACUACAUUUAUUAAA